AUGAAGCUGCAGCCGCGCGAGCGUCGGCCGCGGUCGGACUACAUUCUAGACAACGCAGCUGCGUUACAGCUGGGGCAGCUCUACCUCGGUUGGGGCCGCAACAAAAGACGCUCGAAGCACAAGUGCGCAACACCCGCAGCUGUGUCGAAGCCGAAGGCGGCGCCAGCAAAGGCUUCCACAAAGAAGACAAGCAAGACAGCAGCAGAAAAAUCGUCGCAAGUGUCGACGAAGGCAGCGAAGGCAGCGCCACGCACGCCAGCAAAGCAGGUACCCGCAACGCCUGCCACACGUGCACCUCCAGUAGCGAAACGUCCUCCUGGAAGGCCGCGCAAAACGACACCACCGGCUGCGGCCGUCAAGAGCAUACCGCCCAAAACCAGAAGUCGCGGAUGUCCCGCGACGACACCAGCGAAGGCACCGCCAAAGGCGGCCACACGGGAUCGUGUGCGAUCCCGCAAGAACCCGAGCCCGGUGGUGAAGCCGAUCUCCUCCAAGGUGGUGGCUGCGGCGACGGCCGCGGCGGCCGCCGUGAGUGCCAGCGCCAAGGUCCCACCCAAGCCGCUGCCGCCCGCUCCUCGCAAGACCGCCAUGGUGCUCGCCACGAAGACGGUCCUGCAGCAGCACCGUCGAAGGGCAAACAACAAGGUACCACCAGUGAUCCCCAACCCGGUACCUACGCCGGCACUCUUGCUUGGCGCAGCAGAGCAGUCGAUCGACAGCGGCGAUGUAAACGUGCUAGUGCGCACCAUGAACGGGACAAGCUUCCGCCUGGCAUGCACCUCCGAGUCGAUCCUGUGGGACCUCAAGCGGCGCAUCCUGGAGGUCAUCAUGCCAUGGACGGCAUCGGCGCCUCCAGGCUCGAUGGUGCGCUUACCGAUGCUGGUCAUGAACGGACGUGCACUAGGGCCAGAGACUGCCACGCUAGCCGCGCUGCGCUUCUCGGCUGAGUCUACGGUCUACUGCUUUCCCGAGCCCAACUGA